AUGAUAGCAAUGACCUUAAAAUUGGUCUCAUGCUACUUAUCUGAAUCCAUGCCAGCUGAACUUGAGCUAUUUCCUGUUCUGUGUUUUGGAGGAGAAUGCAUGGAGGAAGGAGGGGUACAGAUAUGCAAAUAUCAUGAGCAGCUCUCUGCAGUGGAGAUCUCCAAUGCCUGCUUUGACCCCUCCAACCAGAUGGUGAAGUGCGACCCUCGUCAUGGCAAGUACAUGGCUUGCUGCAUGCUCUACAGAGGUGAUGUGGUACCUAAGGAUGUCAAUGCCGCCAUUGCCAUAGUCAAGACCAAGAGAACUAUUCAGUGUGUAGACUGGUGUCCCACUGGCUUCAAGGUUGGCAUCAAUUACCAGCCCCCAACUGUGGUGCCUUGUGGAGACCUGGCGGAAGUGCAGUGGGCAGUUUGCAUGCUAAGUAACAGGACUGCCAUUGCUGAGGCAUGGGCCUGCCUGGAUCACAAGUUUGACCUUAUGUAUGCACAGUAGGCACAGACUCUAUCAAAGGAGAAGAUGAAAGUGAAGAAUUCUAGAAAGCGUCCAGCAACCAACCUCAGUUGACCUUGUCUGUCUUUUGUGUCUUUCCCUUUUCCUACCACUCCAAAAUAAAGUCUUUUCUUAUUUGCAAAAAAAAAAAA